AUGGUUCAAACUGGGCACCGAGAGGAUUUUAUGAGCAAGAAGCUCUUUGCUUUUUGUCUCUUUUCAAUUGGAAUCACUAUCUUCCUCCUGGUCGGCUCUCCAGCCCCGCCAUCACCAGAGGAGCUCAAUGAUGCACCCGCACCAGGCCUUCGCCCGGUGACAUACCAUGGUCAUCACGCCAUCAGUAUUUUCCUAGCUUCCCGAUCCAACCAGGAAGACCGAAGUGACAACGAAGACGGAUACUUUGUGAGUGUGCGGACGCUCAUUUACCAGUUGCUCCAUUCUCCAGACACCAAGCUUCAGAACCCAGUCCCCGUCGUGGUACUUGUGCCAAAGCAUGUUAAGGAGAGCAAGGUUCAGACCCUGAGACAUGAUGGAGCUAUCGUUGUGGAGGUUGAGGAUGUCACACACAACACGCCCAUUGCUGCUGAACGCUGGACUUCUAUGGCAACAAAACUGCACAUCUUCGAUCCUGCCGUCGUGCCCUACGAGAAGGUUCUAUUCAUGGAUGCAGAUAUGGUCUUGACCCGCCCCAUCGACAAGAUCUUCCAAGAAUUCAGCACCGAGCUCAGCCCUAUUACCAACACUACCCAAGCUGAAGCUGAGGUCGGCCCUCUUCCCGAGCAAUACAUUCUGGCAGCUUCUCCCGAAUCACACCGGAAGGACCAUACGUAUCCGUUCCUCGACUCGGAUCAUACCGCGAGCACAUUUAACAGUGGCUUGUUUAUAUAUUCGCCCUCUGUGGAGAUCUUCCAGUACUACAUGACGCUUGUGGACCAUCCUGAACUCUACUACACCGGCGUUCCAGAUCAGGAUCUUCUCAACUACGCGCACCGCUGGGGCGGGCCGAUGGCGUGGAAGCGCCUGCACUGGUCCUGGUAUAUCAACGAGCCCAACGACAACGACUUUCAAGGCAAAAUGGCCUUGCUGCAUACCAAAUGGUGGGAACAGGGAACUUCCAUUUCCAAAGACGCCGUCGAGCAGUUUGCCUUUGCACGUAGGUGGGAAAUGGAGGGAUACUGGAAGGGCAGGAAUGAUAAGCGCAACACGCCCAAGUUUCGACGGCUCUAG